AUGGGUAGUGGAUUUCUUUUUCUCCUAAUAAAAUACAUUUUUGUAAUCUAUUUUUUAAAUUACUGUAAGAGCAAAAAAAGGAAUAAACAAGAUAAUACACUUUUUUUAAAUACUUGUUAUUCUGCUAAUGGGAAUACUAAAGGUACAAACCGAAGAAAAAAAUUAUUAUUAAUAGACAAUAAAACAAGUGUAUCAAAUCUUUUAAGUGAUAAAAAUAAACUGAACUAUGGAGAGCAAAAUGAAAAAAUAGAAAAUAAUGGUUUGAAAAAUGUUGAAGAAGAAAAAAUAAACUAUAUAAAAAAAAUUGUUCAUGAAAAAGAAACAAUUUAUGCUUUAAGCUCAGGAAAAGAUUUAAGUGCAAUUUCCGUUAUACGUAUUUCAGGCCCAUUAAGUAAAAUCAUUUUAGAAAUAUUAUUACAUAAAGGUGUAGAAAAAAAAGACAAUCAAAUAGGUUCAUAUUCUAUACAAUUAUCAGAGGAAGAUACUAAAAAAAAAAAAAAAAAAUGGAAUUUAGAACAAAUUAUAAAAUUAAAAAAAAAUAUAGAAAGUAAAAAAUUAUAUUAUUCUAAAAUAUAUGAUAAUGCAAAUGAUAUUAUCGAUAAUGUUAUGUAUUCAUAUUUUAAAUCUCCCAAUUCCUACACAGGAGAAGAUGUUGUAGAACUUUAUUGCCAUGGAAAUCCAUUUAUUGUGAAAGAAAUAAUGGCUGCUAUUGAAAAUGUAAAUAAUAUACUGUAUGAAGUAAUAAAUGAAGAGAAAGACAAAAUAGGAAGCAGACAAAUGGUACAUGUUGACGAUUUAAAUAAUUUUAUAAAGAUUCGAGAAAGUAAAAGGGGUGAAUUUACUCAAAGAGCAUUUGAAAAUAACAAAAUGGAUCUCUUACAAAUCGAAGGAUUAAAAGAAUUAUUAUUUUGUAAACAAAAGAUUCAAAAAAAAAUUGCUUUAAAUUAUUUAAAUGGAUAUGCUAAAAAUAUUUACCUAAAAUUGAGAAAUAAUAUAAAAAAACUGUUAGUAUAUAUACAAUUAAAAAUUGAUUUUGAAGAUGAACAUAUAAUUACAAAAAAAAAAAAAAAAUAUAUUAACAUGUUCAUAAAAAAAAAAGUAAAUAAUACUAUUAAAAAUAUAAAAACUAUUUUAAAAAGAGAGAAUAUUGAAAGUUUAAAUACACCAUCGAAUGUUUUAAUAUUUGGAAAUGUAAAUGCUGGAAAAAGUACAUUUAUGAAUUAUAUUUGUAAUAGUGAUAUAUCUAUUGUUACAAAAAUAAAAGGAACAACUAUAGAUAUUAUACAAAAAAAUAUUAAAAUAUUUAAUAAUGAUUAUAAUUUUUGUGACUCAGCUGGGAUUACCACUUUAAUCAAUACAAAGUUAGAAGAAGAAAAAAAAGAGAAACAAAAAAGUGUGCAUAAAAAAUUAGAAUCAAUUGGAAUAAAGAAAACAUUGCACUUUUUAGAAAACUCUUCAUCGGUUUUUGUUUUAGUAAAUAUAAAUAAUUAUUUUAAUGAGCUUAAAAAUGUUAUAUCACUUUUAAAUGGAAAAUUUAUGAGCAAUCCAAAAAAGACACCCUACUUUUUUCUAUGUAUAAAUAAAUGUGAUUUACAACAAAAUCCAGAAAGAUUAUUAAAAAUAAAAAAUAAUGUAAAGAAAAUGCUUCUAAACUUUUUAAACCCUCGUAUUUUUAAAAAAUUUAGUAAAAAAAUAUUUUUUAUAUCCUCUAAAAAAGGACAUAACAUAAAUAAAUUAUUAUCACAUUUUAACAGAACGAUGGUAAAUAAACAAAGCCUGUCUAGUGAUAAUAAAAAUGUUUACUUCCUACCAUUUGAGAGACAUAAAAUAUAUCUAAAGGAAUCCCUAACACAUUUACGGUUCGUUCAACAAAAUAUUAACUUAGUCAAUUUCGACAUAAUUGCAGAGGAAAUUAAAUUAGCUGUAAAACCUCUUCAUGAAAUUAUUGGAAAAAUUAGUAAUGAACAUAUUUUAGCAAACAUAUUAGAUACCUUUUGUAUUGGCAAAUGA